AGCGUCAUGGCCGCUGCCAGUCUCCCACUAGAGGAGUUUGAUGAGAAGUUUCUGACUUGUGCCGUUUGCGAGGAUAUCUAUACCGACCCCCGCGUCCUGCCCUGUCUUCACACCUUCUGUGCCAGGUGUCUGGAAAAAUGGAGAAAGGGAGAGAGCCAGUUCAACUGUCCUACUUGUCCAGAGCAGGUGAGGCUACAGGGAACAGGUGUCAGCAGUCUUCCUCCGUAUUACUUCAUGAACAGCUUGCUGGACUUCAGGGCCCUUCACGACAGUGAAGAAGCUCACACCAAGUGCCAAAUGUGUAAGUCUGAAGCUAAGGUAGACGGAAGGUGCGCAGACUGCAGUUUGUUGUUGUGUAAAAACUGUAUAACUGUACACAGUAACAUUUCUGCGCUAAAGGACCAUUACAUCAUCACCCUGGAUGACCUGAAGAACCCCAGCGUCAGGCCAAAGUACACCCGAGCCCCGUACUGUCCUCAGCACACCGACCAGCGCGUGACAUUCUACUGCCAACCCUGCGCCAAGCUCGUCUGCCGAGACUGCACCAUUACCGAGCACCGACCAGGGAACGGGUCUAACCACGACGCACAGGAGGUCAGCGAGGUAGCACAGAAGUACAAGGCUGGACUAGAGACGCUAGUUGCCGAAACCAAAGAUGCAGGUGAUGUUCUGCAGAAAACUAAAGAAACGGUUGGCAGAGAACUCACAACAAUCACGGAAAACUGUCAAACAAUAAGAAAGGAAAUCGAGAAACAUUUUGCAGACAUGAGAGCAAAGCUGGACGAAGAAGAGAAGAAGACCAAAGAGAAGUUAGACAAGAUGGAAAAGGACCAGAAGGAGCCUCUUGUGACGAAAGAGAAAGACCUGGAAGAAAAGAUCAAGACUACUGAAGAAGGACUGAAGUUCUCAACAGACAUUCUAGAUAGAGGUAAUGAUGUAGAAAUUCUCACUCUAAGGCAGCAGCUAAAGGAUAGGCUAAAUGUUCUUUCUUCUAUCCAUAUUCAACAUGAAGCUCUGGAGAAUAAGAUAUCCUUCCAGUCAGAUGCCCUGUACACUGAUCUUUCUCACUGUUACCUGUUCCUAUCGGAAGAAACAUUGUUCAUUACAGAGACCCCGAUAGAAAGUUUGCCAACUACUGUCAUAUUCAGACCACAGAAAGGCCAAGUUUGCAAAACUAACCCAGAAGUCACAGUCACCUCCCCUGGGGGACAGUGUGUUAAAUUAGACACCGCCAGAGCUAGUGGCGGGGCAUUUAAAGCAGUUUGGAGGCCACAAACAUCAGGGAAGCAUGUGGUAAGUGUGACAGGAGGGGGAGGGGGUGGGUGGGGAGAAUUAUUGUCUUUGUGGAGCCGGUGUUCCCCUCUCACCGUAGAUGUUAACAGUAACAACCCUUCACUUUGCACCUUUGGGAAGAAAGGCAGCCAGCAGGGGCAGUUUAACACUCCUAUAGAUCUAGCAGUCAGGGGAGACAAGCUGUAUGUGGCUGAUACGUUUAACAAACGUGUUCAGGUGUUUGAUCCAGCUGGAAACUUUUGUUACUCAUUUACAACGACUACAAAUCCUGUCUCAAUUGCAGUUAAUACUGAUGGAACUAUCGUAGCAAUGUCUGCCGGGGAUGAGGUAGAGAGGUUUACACCAUCAGGAGAACUGCUGCACAGUUUUCCCCUGGGUGAAUAUUGCACAGACCCCUAUGGUCUGGCAGUUCAGAGGGAUGGAAGGGUUGUUGUAGCUGAUAAGGGCAAACACAGCAUCUUCAUGUUUGAGGCAGAUGGGACACUGGUGAAACAGAUAGGAGGGCAGGGACAGGGGGAGGGGCAAUUCAAUAAGCCAUGUUUUGUCUGCGUGGAUAAAGAAGACAACAUCAUUGUGGCAGAUAAAGACAACGACCGUAUUCAGGUGUUUGACAAUAACUUGAACUUUCAUCAUAAGUUUGGUCAGUGGGACAGACAGCCACAAGACAUGUUUUACCCAAUGGGGGUGUCAGCUGACAGCAGCGGGAACAUAGUCCUGACAAACAUUGGGGAGGAUUCUGAUGUAGGUGGUGUAGAACAUGGCAAGAAGCUUCAGGUGUUCCGCCCAGACGGCACCUGGGUGUCCACCAUUAGCAGUGAUGGGGAAAAACUAAAGAAACCCCACGGGGUGGCUGUGACAGAGGAUGGACAUGUGUUUGUAGCUGAUCCUAUGGACCACUGUAUCAGGAAAUACAGAUAUAUGUGAGGAAAACAUUAUAAUUCAAAUGCAUACCGAUCAAGCUUGUAUGUUCCUUUCUUA